AUGGCAGAGCAAAUCCUCAGCAAUCUACGAGACGAUCCAGACCUCAAGUGGCCAGGAAAGCUGAGAUCCGAUCCUAGUAGGAGAGCUAAGGAUAAAUACUGUAGGUUUCACAGAGACCACAGACAUAAUACAGAUGAUUGCAUUGACUUGAAACAGCAAAUCGAGGAUUUAAUCCAAAGAGGGAGACUUCAGUGUUUCGUAACAAAGAAACACCAGAAGCAGCCCAGAAAGGAAGACACAAGCAAAGAGCGAAGGGACGGUGCUGCACCCCGGUCCGGCCCCAUUGGAGAGAUCAAGAUCAUCCAUGGAGGAUUUGCCGGAGGUGGAGAGUCCAGCCAUGCAAGAAAGGCCCAGCUAAGAAAAUUGCGAACAGAAGAAUAUUUGGAGGUCAACAUAAUUGACCGCCCAAGCAAGAUCCAGAAAAAAGAGGAGAUACCCAUAAUUUUCUCAGAAGAAGAUCUCAAAGGGAUCCAGAUUCCCCAUGAUGACCCCCUGGUCAUAACCAUUGUUAUAGCAAACUACCUCACACGAAGAGUAUUGAUCGACAGCGGAAGUUCAGCUGAUAUACUCUACCUUCAUGCAUAUGACCAGUUAAAGGUCGGACGAGAAAGGCUAAGGCCUAUGGCGUCACCACUAGUUGGAUUUGCAGGUACGCCUGUUUACCCAGCUGGUCAGAUAGCACUACCAAUUACUAUGGGAGAGGAGAAAAGUCAGAUUACGGGUAUGAUUGAUUUCAUAGUAGUCGACUGUCCCUCAUCAGCAUAUAAUGCAAUCUUAGGAAGGACGACUUUGAACAAGAUUGGGGCAAUAAUCUCCACUUACCAUUUGAUGAUAAAGUUCCCAACAUCCGAAGGAGUUGCCUGUAUCAGAGGAGAUCAGAAAGCAGCACGGGAAUGCUAUGUUACUUCACUCAGAAGAGUUAACAUUACCAUGAAUAUAGAGAGUCUCGACACUCGAAAUGAAGAGAAACUCUAA